AUGCCACCAUACCAAACCACGCGCUCAGACAGGACCGUCAGACCACCGGCAAAAUUAAGUGACUAUAUCGAGUGGCCAUGUUUACUUCUAGUGAUAACAGACAGUGUCCUCUUUACCCAAAGUGCCCACACACGUGACUACCCCCACUUUACGACCGAACAACUCAUUCACCAUUUUCAUGCCCCGUUGAUCACCGACGCUUCCGGUCUGGCCGCGAGUCGUAAACACAGGGGUGUACUAUAUACUCACAACGACAGCGAACACCCGACCAACUAUGUCUUCGCAAUCAACGCAUCAACCGCAGCCUUGAUUUCCACGUUGAUGGUUUACCCCUCCAGUAACUUUGAUUGGGAGGAUAUUGCUGUGGGACCUUGCGGAAGUACAAGUUGUAUUUACAUCGCAGACACGGGAACCACGGGAACAACCGAUGUUUACCGCGUGGAGGAACCCGACUUUAUCUAUUCGGAUCAAAUACUGCAAAAUGCAAAGAAAAUUACAUACACUUGGACUGGGGUUCCGAGCAACCAUCUUACAUCAAGAACAAUAAUGGUGGAUCCGCAUGGAAAUGUUUACUUGGUAAACGACAAAGUCAGGAAUAUUGGGCUUAUUUCCCCAGACAUGUGGACCAAACACCAACCUGUGGACAUUGCAACUCCCUACCUCCUGAAUUUUCCUCGCGAAGUUAACCGCACAACAGACCCAGAAUCCGGAGACAUUUCCUCGGACGGUUCUCAGGUUCUGAUACUAACACACAAUCAUAUUUACUAUUGGCACGUUCGACAUGGCAAUAUACUUUCGUCUCUGCAAGGCGAUCCCAUUACUGUUCCUAGACUUCAUGGUCAUCACUUAGGGGGAGUUUGUUGGGACUUGGAUGGAAGAAAUUAUUACACUGUAAAAGAAGGGAAAAACGCCCCACUCUACAUCCAUCAACGCAUUAAUUGAAAUAAUUGUUUCUCUGACUCUUUGAAUUAAAAUUAAAAAAAAUUAAUUCAAGUGCAUUAUUUAUCAGUGUACAUGCAUUUAAUUAUAAUAUACAUACAUGCUCCAAUACAACGAGUAAAGCUGAAUAAAGG